AUGAGUAUUCGCCCUCCUGUUUACGACAAGAAUGUCCUUUCUAUCGUUGAUCUUCAACGUGAGGCAAGCAGAAAACUACCCAAGGUAUACCGCGAGUACUACAACAAUGGAGCGACGGACAUGAUUAGCCUGCGUGAAAAUAUGACUGCCUUUGAUCGGUACAAGAUCCGCCCUCGUGUCCUUGUAAAGAUCCCUGAGAUAGAUACUUCUGCGGAGCUAUUUGGAUCUAAAGUUGCCUUUCCCUUGGGCUUUUCUCCGACUGCCUUGCAUAAGCUGGCGCAUCCCGAGGGAGAGAUUGCAACAUCACAGGCCGCAGCCAGUAUCGGAAUCGGCAUGGCUCUCUCCUCAUAUUCUUCCACCUCGCUAGAGGAUGUUGCUGCGCAAGGUAUGGGCCAUAACCCCUAUGCAAUUCAGCUGGCCAUCCCCAAGGAUCGCAGCUUUGCGGUGCAAAUGAUCAAACGUGCCAAAGCUGCCAACUACAAGGCAAUUUUCCUUACCGUGGACUGCCCAGUUCUCGGGAUUAGAUAUAACGAGUAUCGAAAUAACUUCGCACUUCCCGAUGGGAUGGCAUAUCCCAGUCUCUCACCAGACCCUUCGAAGCCAUUCGGGAUGGGAGAGGAAUUUCCGGAUAUCGAGUACGACACCGACAUAACAUGGAGUGAGGCAAUCCCAUGGCUUCGCUCGAUUACUGAUAUGAAGAUCUGGGCCAAGGGUAUAUACACCCCAGAGGAUGUCGCUCUAGCUAUCGAACACGGGGUCGACGGUAUUAUUAUCUCAAACCACGGUGGCCGUCAGUUGGAUGGGGUCCCUGCCACACUUGACGUUCUCCGUGAAUGUGCUCCGAUCGCGGAAGGGAGAAUUCCGAUUGCGCUCGAUGGGGGUAUUCGGCGAGGAUCAGACAUCUUCAAGGCUCUGGCCCUUGGGGCGCAACAUUGCUUUGUGGGUCGUGUCCCUCUGUGGGGCUUAGCGUAUAAUGGCAAAGAGGGCGUAGAGUUGGCCACCAAGAUUCUUCUCAACGAGUUGAGAGUCACCAUGGCUCUGGCUGGUUGCAAAAGUAUUAAAGAUAUUAGUCGACGUCAUCUUGCUACUGUCGACGCUUCUGGGGUGAUUGGCAAACUCUAA